AAUGCAUUGCCUCUGCGGCUCGGUGUCCAUGGCCGGAGAUACGCCGCGCGCCGCCGCGCCGGGGUGCUAUCAUAUCAGGCGCCAACCCCACCUUAGAAUUCCCGUGGAAAUCUGAAGUCUCCACGUUGUCUGCCUUCUCCUCCUGGAUUUGACCUGGUUGCUUGGUCCUGCGGCUGGUUCCUUGGUGGCGCCACGCCUCGCUCACGGCGGGCCGCGUCAGCCAACCGGAGGCGGACUCCUGCCACAUCUUCUCUCCUCCUCUCUGGAGGGGAAUUUCGGGAUCCAUCCCUGGAUAACGGCAUGCCUAUGCGCGUAAUCGAGGUUCUGCUUUGAGAAUUGAGGCAGCCCAGCUAUUCGAGGGAAUUCCCCUCUCCUGUCCCGUAGUCCCGUUCGACACGGAGAACUUUGAGGGGGUGUUUUGUGCUCCAGCUGUUCCUAAUUCAGAAGCUCAAAAUACCUUAACACUCAUCCUUUUAUUUGGAACCAAGUGCAGAUGAGCAUAGCUGUUGGGCUACCAAAUCAUGAGUUUCCAAGGAUAUUGAUGUCACUGAGCUACAGUGCUACAUCUCAUGAGGAUUGAUUUAGACUAGUGCAUCUAUAUGUUACGAUUGGUUGUUGCACUGGAAAAAUCAUUGUCCAGCUGUACUUUUAAGAUAUACUUAAUUUAAUAUCAACCACCAGAUGGGAGUUAGGUUUUCUCACUCCAGUACGCCAUAGUAAUGUAAGCUGACUGGAAAACUGAAAGGGGUGCCAUCCAAAUCUGUGAGCUUUAAGUAGGAAAUGGCAGUACGUUAAAACUUUUGCUGUCUGCAGCUCUGCAGAUACAGCAGUGUUGAAUAUUGAAAAUUUAUGCCGUCUCGUCUUAGAGUGUGUUUGGGUUUUGACUUUUCUUGCCCUAUCAAUUUUUGCCAACCAUUGGCUAGCCAAAAAAUUGGCUAAGGAUUUAUUGGCUCAUGGUUUGCCAGAAAGUCGGCAAGAUUUGUGAAGAGAUGUGUGUGGAGUUGGUAAGAUUUCUUUUGGCAACCAAAUUUUGGAUACCAACCAAACAAAGACCAAAUAAAUAUGUCAAAAUUUUGGUAGGGCAAAUUUGGGUAUGAACCAAACACACAAAAUCUAUAUGCCAAUCACUAGUGAAAAGAAGUAUUACAUAUAUAGGAUACUAUGUCAAGAAGAGAUACAAAUACAAACCAAAAGAGUUGGUUUGAGAUUUAGGAGUUCCUGUACGGUAUCAAUUUUCAGCAAACUCUACUGAUAGCUAUGUUAGCUGUUGUGGUGUCGUUGUUGUCAUAAUUCUUCCAUGGAUUCUCCUUUAAGCAUGCCAUACUUCUAAGUGUAGGAAGUGCCAUCUGUGGCAGAUAGCCUUUUAAUUGUCAAGAUCCUCACCUGAUCAGUCUCCGACAGGUUACAGACCUUCAAGGCCGUUCGCUUUCAUGGAUGCUGUGGCUGGAAAGCACAACAAAGGAAGUUUGAAGUAACCUGCUCAUCUGAUCUUCUGAGGAUUGUUGCUGCUGCUUGGCGAGGUGUCUCGCAGGAACAUUUGUUCCUUACUUUCUAUCAGGAACAACUGUUGACGGCAGGAGGCCCAGCGCAGGGGAGGGGAGGGAGGUGGUGGUGGGGCUCGUCAUUACGGCCUUUUCCCUAGCAGCACAGCUCACUCCAGCAGCAGCAGCAGCAGGGGAAGGGAGGAGUGGCACCAGCACGCCAUGGCAGAGGAGAAGAAGAAGAAGCAGCACAAGCAUAGCAAGCACAAGGAGAAGGACCAGAAGACCAAGGCCGGCGGCACGGGGGAGGCAGCAGCGCAUUUCAAGCCGUGCUGCGACGUGAAGGGCAUCCGUUUCGGGGGCCAGUUCAUCGUCAAGUCCUUCACGGUGCGGCGCGCGUCGCCGCUGGAGCUCCUCCGGCUGCUGGACAUCCCGCCGUCGUACCUGAGCGAGCUGCAGAGCCUGCCGUUCCCGUCCACCACCGCCUACAUGCCCACAAGCUUCACCAUCCUGGCGCACCAGGCGUGGCACACGCUCACGCUGGGGCUGGGCACCAAGAAGUCCAAGGUGGUGCUCUUCGUGUUCGAGUCCGAGGCCAUGAAGGCGGCCGUGGACCAGCUCUGGCCGGCCAUGAUCCCACUCGGGGACGUCAACAAGAAGCUCAUCCGCGGGCUCACCGGUAGCGAGAUGGCCCGGUUCAAGUUCAGGAAGGGCUGCCUCACCAUCUACGUCUACGCCGUGCGCCGGCAGGCCGCGGGCGCCGCGGGCUUCGUCUGCGCCGACGACCUCAGGAGGAUCCUGCAGGCCGUGGUGGAGCUCAAGGACUUCUUGGAUCACACCGCCAUGCUCGCCAUGCCCAGCCAGAAGAGCAUCACCUUGCAGUCCCGGCCCGCCGUGGCUCACUGAUCGAUCCUCCAGCUGCGCGUAGCUUCCUCGGUCCAUUUCUGCAGAGCAGGUACUCUUGGUUGGCUCGCAAUUUGCAAAGCAGUCUUGAUUCUUUCUUUCUUUUUCGGUUCCAUUGGUUUGUUCUGUGUCUGUGUUUCCCUGCCGCAUCUGCCGGGAGCUGUAUAGAUCUAUAUGUUGAGCAAAAUCUUUUGACAAAUCAAGCAUAGAUUUUUCCCAAAGGGAAACUUUUUCCCCAGGGAUCUUACACUUUUAGCAUACUCCUGUCCCUGAAAUAAUCCUUCAUCAAUGAAGCCAUCUGUUCCGUCGCAUUUCCUGGUAGCAUCAUUGUACAUCACUUGUUGCUACAAGUACUCGUACUGUACAGGUUUUGGAAAUUGCUGUGUCCCAUUCGUCCUU